AUGGAGGAGGAGAUCAUUGAAGUCAACGAUCCGCUAAUUCCGGUGAGUCAGAACACAACCGCCACACCAGCUAACGGCCGAGCUGAUACGAUUAACUCAACGGCACUCUUCUUUCUUCGAGGAUUUUUCGCAGGCCGGCGUUUCGUGUCGUUUCCGUUGAUGAUUGUUCGAUAUAUGUCAGUGGAACUGCUGGAUGACUGGAAAGAGGAUUUUGGCUACUUGUUACCGGUCGUCGUUACGGAUACGAUUUGGAACUUAGCGUUUGUUGUGGCUUCGGUAGUUAUGUUGAUUUUGAGUGUGUCUGAAAAGCCGAAUGAGCCGGUUAGGGUUUGGUUAUGCGUUUACUUGUUGCAGUGUGUGGUUCAUGUGGUGCUUGUGUGGUUGGAGUACGUAAGGAGAAAUAGGCUUGAUUCGAGUCGUUUGACAGAUUCAACAACUGAUAUUUCAACUCAGAUCAGGUGA